AAUGCAGCGUGGUAUGCGUGGCAGAAAGGAAAUGUAGGUGAUGCAGGGAAACUGUCCGUAAAGUCAAUGAAGGUUUGGAAAAAGCUGCUUGGGAAAGAACAUAGAGACACGAUAAACAGUAUGGCAAUGGUAGGGCUGGCAGAAAAGCUCGCCGGGCGAUGGAAAGAGGCCGAAGAGCUGGACGUGCAAGUGAUGGAGACGAGAAAGAGGGUGCUUGGGGAGGAGCAUCUAGACACGCUGACCAGCAUGAACAAUCUCGCAUUUACAUUAAAGGGUCAGGGACUUAUAAUUAGAGCGAUAUCUCUGAUGGAGAACUGCUGCAGGCUGCGGACAGAAGUUUUGGGUCCUCAACACCCCUUUACUAUAUCAUCUCGCGAAGCUCUUGCAACAUGGCAGUUAGAGGCCAUGGAAACUAGCAAGCAGAAUGUCUAG